ACUGGCGCUCAUCACUGCUAAUCUCCGGCCGCUGCUUGUCACCAUCAACGACGCUGCUGCUGACAGUUAUCACCGACCUGCUUUAGAAAUAUAGAUUAGAAUGAACAGUUUCUGAGAUAAAGCAGGAAACCCAAGGGCAGCACGGUAGGGACCGAGCAGAGAUUAAACGUUAGCUACGCCGUUUAACGUUUACUCGGGAGUUGCGAUGGUCCAGAUAAGGGAUAUUUUCCUAGCUUUGCUUCUUGUAGGAUGUACAGUUUCACUGGAAGUGCAGAUCAUACCAGCUCAUGGGGAGAUUAGUCUUGGAGAGUCCAAAUUCUUCAUGUGUGAAGUUGUAGGCGUUGCCAAGCACAUAGAUUGGUUUGGUCCGACUGGGGAAAGGAUAGAACCGAACAGACCGGACAUAACAGUAAGCCGUAACGAUGAGUCAUCUUCCACCCUCACACUGUAUAAAGCUGGGACUGGAAAUGCAGGGACAUACAAGUGUGUCGCUACCAAUGGAGACCAGCAAGCGGAGUCAACUGUCAAAGUGAAAAUCUUCCAAAAAAUCACCUUCACAAACGCACCCUCACGCCAAGAGUUUACCGAAGGAGACAAUGCCAACAUAGUUUGUGAAGUCAUCAGUUCGCCCUCACCCACUGUCUUCUGGAAAUAUAAAGGAGCAAAAAUACAGAUGGAAAAAGAUGUUCGCUUUAAGGUUCUGACCAACAAUCACCUUCAAAUCCGUGGCAUAAAGAAGACAGAUGAGGGUUUAUAUACCUGCGAGGGACGCCUCAUGUCCCGCGGCGAGAUUGAUCUGCGGGUCAUCAAGGUCGUUGUGAACGUGCUCCCGACCAUCAGGGUAUGGCAGUCAGAGGUGAAUGCCACAGCAGAUGUCGGGCAGCCUGCCAUGUUGACUUGUGCUGUUGAUGGCUAUCCUGAACCCAUGGUGACAUGGACAAGGAACGAAGUGGUUCUCGAGGCAGGAGAGAAGUACAGCUAUAAUGAAGAUGGCUCAGAAAUGACAUUAAUGGAAGUUACCAAGCUGGAUGAAGGAGAUUACACCUGCAUUGCCAAGAACAAGGCUGGGGAAAGUGAGAAGGAACUGAGUCUGAGAGUGUUUGUCAAACCUAAGAUCACAUACAUCGUGAACCAGAGCACAUCCGAGAUGGAGGAGCAGGUAACUCUGACUUGCGAGGCAUUGGGAGAUCCAACUCCCUCCAUCAGCUGGAGUUCCGGUGAGCGCAUCUUCACUGAAGGAGAGCAGGCACAUCUAAACAGGAUCUAUCAGGCAUCAUGGACUCGGCCCGAGCAACACAAGAGUCUGGAUGGAAAUGUAGUGGUGAGGAGUGAUGCUCGUGUGUCCUCUCUCACUCUGAAGUAUGUCAAGUAUACAGAUGCGGGUCAGUACCUCUGCACAGCGCGCAGUGCCAUUGGAGAGGAUGAUCAGGCGGCAUAUCUGGAGGUCCGCUACGCCCCUAAGAUCCACGGUGCAGUGGCAGUGUAUACCUGGGAGGGAAAUGCUGUCAAUAUCAGCUGUGAGGUCAAGGCUCAUCCCAGUGAUGUAUCUAUCGUGUGGCUGAGAGAUGGACUGCAGCUCCCCAACUCAAACACCACCAACAUUAAGAUCUUCAGAAGUCCAUCAGCCAGCUACCUGCAGAUAACCCCUGAGUCCGAAAAUGACUUUGGGAGCUAUAACUGCACUGCCUCAAAUGAGAUGGGCGCAGAGUCCAAGGAGUUCCUGCUCAUUCAGGCCGAGGUGCCAUCAGCUCCAUCCAUCAGUGGGGUGAGACCCUUCUCCACCACGGCACUGAUCCAGUUUGGGGAGCCCGAAUCCACCGGAGGUGUUUCUGUCCUGAAGUACAGAGCGGAGUGCAGGAUUGAGGGCAGAGGCAACUGGGUGGGCAAGAUCUAUGCAGUCCAAGAUGGCUACACCAGUGAGGCGACUAUCACAGGCCUGAUUCCAGACACCGGCUACGAAGUGAAGUUGUCAGCCAUCAACGGCAAGGGGGAAGGUGAAAGCAGCCCCGCUGAGUUCUUCAAGACGGAGCCUGUCCAAGGGAAUCCCAAUCCUCCUAAACUCGAAGGGGCAGUUCAACCCAAAGGCAACUCCCUGAAAGUCAGCUGGAUCAAGCAGGACGACGGCGGCUCGCCCAUUUUACAUUAUCUCGUCCGCUAUAAGCCAAUCCAGGUGUCAGAUUGGAAACCAGAAAUCCGGAUGCCCAAAGACAGCGACUACAUUGUCCUCAGCGGGUUGGAGUGGGACACCGAGUACAAAGUCUAUGUGGUGGCAGAGAAUCAGAAGGGCAAGUCCCAGGCAGCUACCAUGUCCUUCAAGACGUCCACACAGCCAGAUGCCAUCCCAGAUUUGGGUGAAGAGACGGCGCUCUCCAUGGGCAUCAUGCUCUGGGCAGGGAUUCUUGUUGUAGCAUUUGUACUCUUGCUGCUAGCUGUGGAUGUCACCUGUUACUUUGUCAACAAAUGUGGCCUCAUCAUGUGCCUCUGCGGGAAAUCAGGCACAGGGACCAAAGGGCACAACUUGGAGGAGGGCAAGGCAGCCUUUAUGAAAGAUGAGUCCAAAGAGCCAAUAGUAGAAGUCAGAACUGAGGACGAGUGCACAGCCAAUCACAACGCAGCGGGACCGACAGAACCCAAUGAAACCACGCCUCUCACAGAGCCAGAGCUGGCGGCUUUCACUGCUGCUCUGGCACUGGACACCCUCUCCUCCGUAGCCACCAACUCUGACACAGCCACUGCAACAUUUGACCCCGCUCAGGACAGCCCCUCUAGCGAGACCACUACCCUCACUUAUAGCCUGUCUACCCCCGCCAACGACCCCUCACCCAGCCCUAUUCUGGCCCCGGCCCCGACUCCAGAGUCGAACACGGCCCCGCCGACUCCCCUCAUCUCCACCUCUGCUAUCGAAGCUAAAAUAGCCCCGUUAGUAGAACAAAGACGAAGUAGCACCCCGGAAGAACCGGAGAAAAUAACCACUCCUCCUACUACCCCCGAUUGGACUAAUGCGCAAAAAUCUGGGACACCGAUACCCCCGAAGCGUAGACACUCUCCGAAACUUGCCGCUCUGAAUGCUAAAGGUAGCCCACCUGUAUCUCCCCUGGCUGCGUCUUCCCCGUCGCCCUCUCCCACCUUCGAGACCAAGAAACCUGCUCCGAGGCCACCGGUCAACAAGCUCCCCAUAAAGCCACACACUGUAGCCUCGGACACCGUGACGCCAGUACAAACUGCUGCCACUGGAGCAGCCACUGCCCCUCUGGAACCUUUCCCUGAUUCUACUGAUCCUAGUGGCUGUAGCCUUAACACACCUGUUGAUUAUAACUCUGCCAAACAUGCUGCAACUAGCUCUGCUUCAGCGGUCCCCAGUGCUCUUAAAGUCUUGGAUGCUGAAGAAUGUGCUCCUCUAGUUGUAGGCGUCCCCUCGCCUUUACCUGUCACUCCUAUUUCUUCUACUCAUGCCCCCGCCAGUGUCGAGGCGCCAGUUUCAAAUGAUCUCCUCACGUCGCCGUCAGACACGUACAGCUUACAAACCUCUGACGUGGGGCCCAAAAGUGCGGAUGUAGAGUUAGAGCUGACAAACGGGACAGAAAGACCCUCCUUCCCCCUCGCAGACCUUAUUAGCUUAGAGAGCCCGCCCUCUGCCCCCUCCCUGGCCAAUGGAGACGGAGCAGACCUCCCCCCCUCAGGCCCAGUUCUGGAGGCGUCAGAGACUCUGGCCAAGACUGCUCCUCCUGUCAACGAUGAGAAGAUUUUUUCUGAUGAGAAAGGCAAACUGGUGGAGGCAGAAUUGUCAAACGCCCUGACGGAGAUCACUGCAGAACAGAACAGUAUCAUACAGACAAAUACCACCGAGAGCAAAGCAUGAUAGGGCAACACCAGCCCAAUCCAAAACAUUUUGCAGCAGCAGCAGCAGCAGCAGCAGCAGCAGCAGCAGCAGCAGCAGCAGCAGCAGCAGUGAGCGACAAACACGGCAGGAGUUUUGAUUUCCAGUGCCCUUAACUACAUAUUGAAAAACAACACGCACACGUGUCGAUUGGUUAGAGCGCACUUUGACUGUGCUUUCAUUUCUGGUUUCAUUCAUGACGUGUUUACUACACCCAAGGAGUUUAUGUUUAGAUCAUAAAAGAUUUAUUUUAUUUUUUUAUUGGUAUUUUAUUUAACCAGUCAGGACAAUUUAAGGACAAUCUCUUUAUUAUAAUGAUCGCUUGGUAAAUAUAUGAAAUUAGAUUCUACUUUCUGUUGUGUGCUUUCAGUUUGAAUUGCAAUUGCGCACAAGUAUUGGAAUAUUAUGAGAAAUGUAAAAAAAAAAAUUUUAAAAAGAAACCUGACGAUAUAGAAAUUAUUUUUCUUAUUUUCAUGUUCAUGUUCAAAUGUAAAACUGUUUGCAUUUUGUGUUUGGCUUUUUUUGGACUCUUAAUUUGUGUGCUUGUCUCAGUAAAUUGCUUAUUCUGCAUGUCUGGCCUGCAAGUGGCUGUAAAGUUUUGUUUACAAGGUUUAUUGUUUCACUUCGUCUGCUUCAGCGACGUUUCAUCUCUCACAGAUUCACUGGCAUUGAUUAAACACAGGCCUGACUUCAAUGUCUGGAUUAUAACUAUAUUUGUUAUGGUUAUAAAAAUACAGGAUUAACCCACAGCCAGCUGCAGGGGGAAAGACACUGAGAGAGAAUCCCACAACGCAUCGACAGUGUGCAUGAUCGGAUCAGAAUUGGCCCAUUUUCAGUCUGUCACUGCCUUACCACAGUGUUGUUUAUAAUGUUCUUUAAUCAAAUGGAUUUG